AGCAUUCUAUCUCUGUCGGCUGGUAACAAACUUUCGUCUAACACUGCUCUCUUGUUUUCUCCCCUCGUCUCGUUGCCACGACGACAGUGCCCGGAGCUGGACCUGUACUGCCUGGAGCAGACGCUUCACCGCUCUAACAGCCUGCUGCGCGCCACGUCCGUGCAUGCCCUCAAGUGGGGACCGAUCAAGAUAGACCCGGAGCCUGUUCACGCCUUCCCGCCGUUCAACACGCUGGAGGAGGACGCGGGAGCUUCGGCGGCAGCUACGCAAGCGGCCGCCGUGCCGGGGGAGAUGUGCGCGGUGGCUGAGAGCUGCGUGAUCGGGCUGGAGUCGGGAGCGGUCGUCGCCAUAGCGAUGGCGUCGUUCCUCAUCGGGUGCCUGCUGACGGCUGUGCUCUGGUUCAUACACUAUCACACGG